AUGCCGGGCAUGAAGAAGUCAUGGUGGAAGCGAUCGAAAAGUAGCUUCACUGGCCCUCGCGCACAGCCUUCUCCUCCCGACGCCAAUUCCUCUGCGGCUACAGCCCCAGUUGAGGGAGCAUCCGAAAUAACCCCCUCUAUCGAUGCGCAGCAAUCCGCUCCUCCUAUUCUCGACACCACCAAUCACCCCGACGAUAAAUACGGCCUCAAACCGCUCCACACACCGGUCGCCACGGAUGGUGAUGAGGAUGGGCUGACUAACGCAGUGGACAUUGUUGCGGUGCAUGGGAUAGCUGGAAAUGCUUACAACACAUGGACACACGAGAAUGGAACAUUGUGGCUCCGAGAUCUCAUACCGAAGAAAUUACCAGGCGUGCGGGUAUUUUCGUAUGGAUACCCUGCAGACGUCUUUUUUACGCGUCAGAAAGGGAAUCUUGAAGACUUUUCUAGGUCCCUCUUAAAUGAUUUAAGAGGAGAGAGGAGGGAAAAGGAGUAUCAAAACCGUCCGAUCAUAUUCAUUUGUCAUAGUAUGGGAGGAAUUGUCGUCAAGAACGCCCUCAUCAUUGCCAAAAUUGACGAUGAGCCAUACGAAAACAUCCGGAAGUUUGUAAAAGGUAUUAUGUUUCUCGCCACACCCCACCGCGGAACCUCUGAAACACAAUUUCCAAAGCUGUUGGCUAGAAUAGCUAAUGUGGCAACGAAUAUGACUGGCAUAGCGCCAUUUAUUGUAUCUACGAGGCCAGACCUCAUCGAAGCCAUUGAGAAAGAUUCAAAUAUCCUUCUAGACAUCUCGACAAAUUUCAGAAAUCAGACGAAGAACCUCAAAAUUGCAUCUUUCACUGAGCAAAGCGUAACCCCGCCUGCAAAGUCAUUGAUUGUUGAUAAGGCCAGUGCUAUCAUGGGCAUUCAUACAGAGACAAUUUUUCCUAUGGCUGGCUGUGAUCACACGAGCAUCUGUAAAUUCGCAGGUGAAACUAGUGGGGCUUACAAAACCGUUUUGAAUGAACUCCGGAAUUGGGUUGACGAGCUCAAUCAGCUGCAUGCCGACGAAAAGACGUCCGAAGAUCUUGAAUGUCUCCGAUCCCUCUCGUUUCCAGAGUUGGCCAACCGUCGACAAGAUAUCGACAAACCUUUCUCACAUACCUGUGAGUGGAUACUAGAGCACGAGUCCUACAAGUCAUGGAUCGAAACCGAACGCGAACUACUUUGGAUAAAGGGGAAGCCUGGCGCUGGGAAAUCAACCAUGAUGGCGUUCAUCUACCAGUCGUUACAGGAAAAGCCCCCCUCGGGAAUUACUCUAGAAUUCUUCUUUCAUGGGCGGGGCACUCCAUUGCAGAAGACUCCGGUCGGCAUGUUUCGGUCUCUUUUACAUCAGCUAUACGCCAACGUGCCUUGCAUACGAUUGCUGGUACGAAAGGCCUUCAAAGAGAAAAGCGCUUUCGGCCAAACUGGAACGGACUGGGAGUGGCAUCGUAAAGAGUUAGAAGACCUUUUCACUAACGCCAUUAUUCGUACUCCAAAAUCGAGGGCAAUAACCAUAUUUGUGGAUGCGUUAGAUGAGGCCGGCUCUGACACUGCAAAUGAACUUGCGGGCUACUUCCACCGCUUGAACGACACGCUUGCAGAUGGAAACCGGGCUGGAAAAAUCUGCAUCUCGUGUCGUCACUAUCCAAUACUAGCAGCCAAUACUCCCUUACAUGUUUGCGUUGAGGAUGAGAAUCACAAUGACAUUGCACGGUACGUCAAGCAAACGUUUGAAACCGAGCUUCGAAGGGACAAAAUGGCAGAGCUUUUACUUCCACUUGAAGAAAGGCAAACGCUCGAGGAGACCGUCACGGCGAGAACUGGAGGGAUAUUCAUGUGGGCGCGCCUCAGUAUCCCGCUCAUCAUUAAGUUUAUACUGGAGGGAGAGUCAGUGGAGCAAAUCAAGGGAGAGAUAAGCAAAGUGCCCGCAGAUCUCGGUAAAGUUUACGAGCAUAUUCUCAAGAAUGUCAUUGAGCCUCGAAAUUGGAGCAAAGCAUUGCAUCUGGUACAAUGGGUCUGCCUAGCUGAAAGACCACUUUCAGUGACAGAACUGCGGUAUGCAAUUGCCUCGGACGACCAUUAUAUUCAUCAGCCGUCACUCCAGUCCUGCAAAGAUGCCAUAGACUUCGUGGAGAAUGAUUUGCGUAUGGAGAGACUUGUAACCACUUGGUCAGGUGGCCUCGUCGAGGUCCAGCGUCAUGAGGAUUACACCAUUGUACAAUCCAUCCACCAAACUGUCAAUGAUUUUCUACGAUCAGAUGGCCUGAAGUACCUUAGUUCACUUGCGAAUGAUGAUCUGCCUCACGAUCGUAAAGAUAUUGGCAUGUUGCCAACUGACGGCGUUCUUGGACAGGGCCACAGCCGACUUUGCAAGUCGUGCGUCAACUAUCUAGGACUGCCCGAGGUUCUACUUGCCACCCCAGACACCGAAUCUAUCCUUGAUGAAGACAGAUUCAAUACCACAAGCUAUGAAGAAAAGUCCCUCUCUUUAAAAACAGCACUUCCCUUCGUGUUAUACGCUACAGAGUCUUGGUUCUUGCACGCAGAAAAAGCUGAAAAUCUCGGGAUAGUGCAGAGUAAUCUUGUACAGCAGUUUGGAUCUCCUCCAGGACCAGCCUUCCAGGCCUGGAUAAAUAUAUUCCGCGCACUCGAUGAAUAUAGUAGACAUAACCCAAGGUGCCCAAAACCAGGCGCAACGAUGAUACACAUCGCCUCGGGCUCAAAUCUUCGAAGUGCUGUCCAGCUUCUCCUAAGCGACAACGAAAGUCUCCGUGCACAAGACAGCGCUGGGAAUAGAGCACUUCAUUUUGCUGCUCGAUGGGGCCACUUAGAGCUGGUUGAAAUACUCCUCAAUGCAGGGGCAGACAUAGGAGCAAAGAAUUUUGACGGAGGUACAGCUUUCGAACACGCAGCUGCAAAUGGACAUGAAGAAGUCUUAGAGCUGUUGUUUAAUUGCGGUGUAAAUGUUAAUGAGAGCACUGGGGCCUAUGGUAAUGCUCUUCAGGCUGCUGCUAGAAAUGGUAAUAAGGUGGUCGUCCAAAAACUACUCAAGUAUGGCGCCGAGGUGAAUAUAAUCGGUGGCCUCUACUACGGGACCGCGCUACAGGCAGCCUGUAAUGGAGGGCACGCGGACAUCGCGAGGCUCUUACUCGAGAAGGGCGCCGAGGUGAAUAUAAUCAGUAGCAGCGGCUACGGCACCGCGCUACAAGCAGCCUGUGGUAGAGGGCACGCGGACAUCGCGAAGCUCUUACUCGAGAAGGGCGCCGAGGUGAAUAUAAUCGGUAGUAACAGCGACGGCACCGCGCUACAAGCAGCCUGUAGUAGAGGGCACGCGGACAUCGCGAAGCUCUUACUCGAGAAGGGCGCCGAGGUGAAUAUAAUCGGUGGCCUCUACUACGGGACCGCGCUACAGGCAGCCUGUAAUGGAGGGCACGCGGACAUCGCGAAGCUCUUACUCGAGAAGGGCGCCGAGGUGAAUCUAAUCGGUGGCUUCUACAACGGCACUGCGCUACAGGCAGCCUGUGCUAGAGGGCACACGGACAUCGCGAGGCUGCUGCUCGAGAAGGGCGCUAUAGGCGGCGCGUGCUGA